UUUCCCCUAAUUUAGAAAAUAACAAUGAAGAACAAAUAAACACUUGCUUUGAGAAAUACGAUAAUCAUUGAGACAUGAGAGAUGGAGAAGACGAAGGGAGGCGUAGAGAAGCAUACUGAUAGUGAUGAUGAUCGGAAGGUAGCUUUCGCCAUGGAUGACCUUCCUUUCAGAUUUUUCCAGUUCUUUGUGCUGGCUGCUCUUCGCAUUGAUCUCAUCCAACCUGGUCGCAUCCUUUGCUCUCUCAAAGUUCCUGAUCGUUUGCUCAACGAGAACAAUUCCUUGCGCGAAGGAGCCUCGGCGUUACUCGUCGAUUGUCUAGGUCAUGCAGCGGUGAAGACUUUGGGCCCUUCCUCCACCGGAGUCUCCCUCGAAGUCAACCUCUCCUUUUUGGAUGCUGCUUAUGCCGACGAGGAGAUUGAGAUUGACAGCAAGGUUUUGCGAAUGGGAAAGACCAUUGCAGUAGUUAAUGUUGAAUUUAGGAAGAAAAUCAAUGGUAAAAUUAUUGCUCAGGGUCGCCUCACCACCUACGUACCCGUCUCCAGCAAGUUGUAGUCAUGAACUUUCAAUAUUGGACGUUGAUUUUCCUCUCCCUCAUGUACUGAUACUGUUUGUAAUUUCUAUAAUGUUAAUUGUCAAACAUAUCGUUUUAUUUUUUUUUAUUCUUCCAUAUUUGUAAAAGGGUUUUCUCCUGUAUAAGAAGACCUUAAUUGUACAUAUUCAUUAGAAAAAAGAAUGAUAAUUAUUUUAUUUCUCCAA